AUGAAUAAGAAUAGUAAAUUCUUGCUGAGUGCUGCUGGCAUCUUUGUUUCAUACUUCUACUAUGGAAUAAUGCAAGAGAAAAUAACCAAAGGGAAGUAUCCACUACAAAGCGAAGAUGGUUCCUCCACUUAUUAUGAAAAGUAUUCUUAUGCCUUAAGUUUGGUUUUCAUUCAGUGCUUAGUAAGUUAUUUGUUUUCCAAAGUUGCUGCUGUGAGACAUGAGGUGGAAGACAAAAAGCACAAUUUGAACCUACUGUACUCUGGUGCAGCAUUAACUUAUAUAUUGGCUAUGGUGUGCUCGAACAUGGCAUUACAAUGGGUUUCCUACCCAACUCAGGUUGUAGGAAAAUCUGUUAAACCAAUACCUGUGAUGAUAUUAGGUGUUUUAAUUGGGAAGAAAUCUUAUCCAAUGAGGAAAUAUUUAUUUGUUUUAUUGGUUGUAAUUGGGGUUGCUUUAUUCAUAUAUAAGGACCAAAGUGGAUCAACUAGCAAUCAAGAAUUAUUUGGAUUUGGUGAAAUUUUGCUAAUUCUUUCAUUGAUCAUGGAUGGUCUGACUGGGGCUAUGCAAGAGUUGAUGAGGGCCAAUGCAAAACCAUCUGGUGAACAGAUGAUGCUGAACAUGAACUUUUGGUCUUGUAUUUAUUUAGGAAUUGGACUAAUUUUAACUGGUGAAGGAAUGGAAUUUUCAAAAUUCGUCGGAAGACACCCUUACGUGUUAUAUAAUAUCACUUUGCUUGCUUUGGCUGGUGCCAUUGGGCAGCAUUUUAUCUACUUUAUGGUUUCUGGAUUCGGUCCAUUGCCCGUAUCCAUCGUGACAACGACGAGGAAAUUUGUAACGGUAUUAGCAUCUGUGGUGAUAUUUGGAAAUUCUCUUAUACCAAGGCAAUGGUUGGGAACGAUUAUCGUCUUCUCUGGUCUUUUCUUGGACUCAGUUUAUUCCAAGUCGGCGCCCAAGAAGAAAGAAGUCAACUAGUAAUUGCAAAUAUGUUCCUAAAAGCGAGGUGCAAAUGUAUUUAUUGUGGACAAUUAUUACUCAAAGUAAACUUCUUAAUGAAAUUAAAA